AUGGGAAAUAUCAAGGUUGUUGCAUCCCUUCGACAUUUAACACGUUUCACUAUUCUCUCUUAUAUUCGACGUGAUCAUAUUGAUCAAUUGCCAUUACCGAAAAUUACAAUUAAUUAUUUACUGGAAAAACAAUGUUACAUUGAAUCAUUAGAAGAUUUUGAAGAAGCAGUUCGUGAACGACCACCAUUGGAAUUUCGUUCACGUUCAGCAGCUAUGCUUGAUUUGAAUGCAAAUUUAACUUUACAAGAUUCCAAUAAUAAUAAUACUAAUGAUAAUCUCUCUUGUCAUAAUAGUAGCAAUAACCAUAGCAGUUCAACCAGUGAAAGAAGCUGUGAUAGUCUGGCUACCGUUAGACACAUCAAUAAUUAAUUCAUCAUGUCGGUUUUUGUUCCAUGUAUUCUUAUUCUUUCUUAUUCUUCUUCUUAUUAUUAUUACGUCAUACAAUUUUUAUCACAGUGAUUACACAACAAAAGAGACAAAUAUUGUUAUGGCCUAAAUGCUGUUACCCUCUCCCCCCACCAUCCGCCAACAUUAAUAGGUAAAUUUACUAAUCAUAAAAACAUCUUUUUUAUUGUUGUUGUUGUAACGGUGAUCUAAAUCAGAUGAACCAUCGAACUAGUUCAUUUUGUUCUAUUUGUCUGUUUGUCUGUAUCUCUCCCUCUCUCUCUCUCUCUCACACACACUACUCUUACGUCAACCAGUCUUGUUUCUAUAUAUAUAUAUAU